UUGUUCACACUUCUGUUCCAACGCUCCCAUUUUGCAAGUAACCAUGUUUGUUACUUCUUUCCUUUCCAUUUUCAUUCUCCACUGCAUCCAAUCGUUUCCAAGUAACUUUCAAUUACCCUCUAUACCCAAUAUAAAAUUCUAUAAAAUCCAAAAAGAAAAGAACAAGAACCAACGAAUCACGUAAUCAUUUGGGGUCACUAAUUCAUUGAUCCACACAUCCAACUCCACUGUUCCGUUUGUCGUAUAAACACCGGAACCCUAAUUUUUUAGGGGAAUCGUGGUUCGAGAAGAUGGUGAAUCUUGACACCGGAACCGUGUCACAACAACUUUUGGAGCCUCAUCAUUCAACCAAAGCUUCAAAGCUUCAAACUUUGGGGAACAUCAUAGUCUCUGUUGUUGGAACUGGAGUUCUAGGUCUCCCCUUUGCUUUUCGGAUCGCUGGAUGGGUUGCUGGGUCGCUUGGUGUUGCAAUCGUCGGCGUAGCCACCUACUAUUGCAUGCUCCUUCUUGUUACGUGCAGACGGAAGUUGUCUUCAGAAGAACUACUAGUGGAAGCAAUAACUUAUGGAGACCUGGGUUAUAGGAGCUUUGGAACCUCGGGUCGCUAUAUGACAGAGAUUUUGAUUUUGCUGGCACAAAGUGGAGGAUCGGUUGCAUAUUUGGUAUUUAUUGGACAAAAUCUCCAAUCUGUAUUCCAAAGCUAUGGAUUUGCGAUGAGCAGCUUUAUAUUUAUGUUAGUGCCAGUUGAAAUUGGAUUGUCGUGGAUAGGCAGCUUAUCUGCUCUAGCACCUUUUAGCAUUUUUGCUGAUGUUUGCAAUGUCCUAGCCAUUGGAAUUGUGGUGAAGGAAGACAUACAACAGAUCCUACAGGGUGAAUUUUCGUUUGGACAAAGGACGACAAUCACAUCCAACAUUGGGGGAUUGCCAUUUGCAGCAGGCAUGGCGGUUUUUUGUUUUGAGGGUUUUGGAAUGACACUAGCCCUAGAGAAUUCUAUGCGGGAUAAAUCCAAAUUCCCAAGAUUGCUGGCUCAAACUUUUAGUGGGAUUUCAUUUGUAUACAUUCUUUUUGGGUUUUGUGGUUACAUGGCUUUUGGGGAAGAAACCAGAGACAUUGUGACUCUCAACCUCCCUAGAGAUUGGUCAUCUCUUGCAGUACAGGUAGGAUUAUGUAUGGGGCUUGUAUUCACAUUCCCAAUCAUGUUACAUCCAAUUAAUGAGAUUAUUGAAGGUAAAUACAAAAUCGGCCGGAGGGAAAAUGAUGAAUCGGCAAGAGUAGGAAAGAUUGCGAUAUACAUCAGCCGUGCAGUGGUGGUGGUUGUGCUUGCAGUCUUGGCUUCUUUCGUGCCAGAAUUCGGCGUGUUUGCAUCAUUUGUGGGGAGUACUAUAUGUUCAAUGAUGUCAUUUGUAUUGCCAGCCACAUUUCACCUAAAACUGUUUGGCCCUUCUCUAAGCACUUGGCAGAAAGCCUUGGAUUUUAUUGUGUUACUCUGUGGAUUAUUCUUUGCUAUUUAUGGCACUUACAACACAGUGGUUGGAGUUUGAUGCUUCUAGAGGUUGAAGAUGUUUUAAAGUUUGUAAUUUGUAUGUAGCAUAAAUGUUAUAGUUAUUCGAGCCAGCUUACUUUUGUGGUUCGCAAA